AUGGACCCGAAGAGAAGUGCACAGGAUGUCCUACGAUGUAACUUGUGUGAGACUCCUAAUCCUCAAUAUAACUGUGACAUCUGUCACAUCAACCUUUGUAAUACGUGUGCAGGAGAACAUCUGUUGGAUGAAUCUAAAGAACAUAAAGUUGUACCAAUCAGGCAAAGAGGUUAUGGUCCUGACUACCCUACUUGUUUAAAACAUACGAACAAACGAUGUGAGCUCCACUGUGAACAAUGCGACAUUCCAAUUUGCACUCAGUGUGUUUCCUCUAAUGAACAUCUAGGGCAUAAGGCAAUCGAUAUCAUGAAAAUCUUUGACACCAAGAAAGAAAUAUUAAAAAAUGAUUUACAGGAACUCAAUAUCUCUCUUAUUCCGAAGUACCAUGAGAUUGCAGCAACUAUCUCAAUACAGGAAGCUGAACUUGAAAAACAUUCAAAGAGUUUAACAAUUGCAAUCUGCAAAAGGGGUGAAGCGUUGCACAGAGAAAUUGACGAGAUAAUAAGCAAGAGAAAAACUGAAAUUAACCAAAUGCAAAUUAAAUGCCUAGCCGCUUUAGACAAAGAGAAAACAGAAAUCACGCAAAGUAUUUCUUUUAUCACACAGAGAAUUGUUAGCCUGAAGAAAUUGCUAGACUCGAAUGAUGUUUACCUUGUCUCUGCAUACAAAUCUAAAAAUGAUAUCGAUAGAUUUCGAAAAUUGCCUCCUUUCCUCCGUGCUAAGUUUCCUUGCUUUUCUUCAAAGAAAAUAAACACAGAACUCCUCAAUCAAGAGUUUGGUAUGAUGUCAGCAUUCUCUAUUGAAAGUCAUGAACACGACAACAAAAUGGAGAUUCCAAGAACGGUAUCACUUUCCUCAGUUGUUGGUCACAGUCGUUUAAUUGAUCAACCAAAGGUAAUUACAACCAUAGAUACAGACUUUAAACACCUGUUAAGUGUAGCAUGUUUAACUAAUGAGCAAAUAUGGACUCGUGGUAAAAGCAAUAUAAUAAAACUUUACAAUCUUCAAGGAGAACUACUGGAAUCAAUCAGAACAAAAUCAGAACAAAUGCCACGAGAUAUAACCGUGUCAAAGAAUGGGAAUCUAGUUUAUACUGAUUUUUUUGACAGAACUGUUAAUAUCUUAAAGAAUAAACAGAUAUCGGAAGUGAUGAGAUUUCAAAGAUGGAGACCACUCCGUGUAAAUUGUACAGUUUCUGGCGAUCUCUUGGUUACUAUGGUCGGGGAUAAGAAAAAACGGACAAAGGUUGUGCGUUGCGCAUAUUCAACAGAGAAUCGAACCUUUCUAUUUGAUAGCAAAGCCCAACCUUUAUAUUUUUCUCCCCCACAUAGGUCCAUUUAUUACGUAAUUGAAAACAAGAAUCGAGAUGUUUGUGUGGUUGAUGGGACAGCCUGUGUAGUGGAUGUAGUCAAUGAGGCCGGUAAACAACGGUUCAAGUACACUGGUCCUACCUCUGCUUCCAAAAAACCCUUUUGUCCAGUUGGAAUCUGUACAGACAGCCAGAGUCGAAUCCUGGUAGCAGACAAUGCCAAUGACAGUAUCCACAUACUAGACCAGAACGGACAAUUUCUCAAAUACAUAGACAAUUGUGAUUUACAUGAGCCAUACGGUCUAUGUGUGGACACCAGGGGCAACCUUUUCGUAACCGAAUGUUCCAUAGGUAAAGUGAAAAUAAUUCAAUAUUCAAAGUAAUGGAACUUGCUGAAUAUAUUCUUUACAACCAAUGUCUGUGCGUCCAGCAAAACUAAAAAAUGAUAUAUUAUACAAAGUGUCAUUUCCUAUAAUACAUAAUAACUGAGGAUGUCAAACACAGCUGUUUUCAUACAUAAACAGUUAAACUUCGGUAUCUGAAACUUGA